UUUCAUAGAUGCUCGUAACUGUUUAUGAAGUUGUUCCUGGUUGUUGUAUAAAAUAUUGUAUUAUAUAGAUAGGUCUUGUUUAGUUUGUUUUAUUUUUAUUUUCAUCUAAUACAAUUAGUAAUAUAAUUUACCAUAAUGGAGGUAAUUGAGGAUGGAAAUAUUAUGGAUAGGAUUCCUAUUCUGCUACAAAGGGAUUUGGAGUACUACCAGAUAAACCAAACAGUUCUGUCAGAAAAGAUAUGUUGUGGUGUUGUGGGUGGAAGACUCGAUUUCCCCCGAAGUGCUUCCUUUGCUGCUGUUAAAAUUGUACUGUGGCUUGAAGAAGAAUUUUCAAUAGCCUUUAAACAAGGUUCUGGAAUGUUCGUUAAAACAGAUGAAGAUAGUUCAGACGGAGGUGUAGCAAAGACGUCAGAUCCAGACAAAUUUGUCCAAUUGGCUGUUAAAUCUAGUGACUCGCUUCUGGAACACCUACACAUGCUAGCCCAAGAAGCGUUAGAUCACGCCGACUUGCCCGUACUAACCGCCACACUGGGUGCAGCCGCGUUGUUGAAAAAUAGCCUCUAUUGCUACUUACAGCAUGUUGAAGACACCGGAAACUCUGAGAGACAAUCUAUCAUUCAAUCUUGCUACAAGCGAUACGUGACAAUGUCAGAAGCGGUUGCCGAGAGAGUCCUCGACUUGCACAACCGUGUACUCUCCCUGUACAUAAUGCAAGAUUCUGGCGGGCGCCCGAUAGACACGAUGGGAAAAUGUGUGGUUGAGACGGGCACGCCCUCUGUGCAGGGCUGGUGGCUGUACAUGAAUGGUAGCCGCAAGGAUCUGUGGGACACGGUGCCACCGCGUAUGGCCCAGAGAAUUUUUGCAGGAAUGUUGAACGAAACUUUAACUAUUCUCUCUGUGAGAUACUGUCAGAUGGCGGCCGUGGGACAAGGGUGGCGACCCCACAAACUUGAUUUUAGCCCUACACAUCAAAAAAAUAAAAUUGCGUCCUCUAAAAAACACAAGACUAACACAUCAGACUCGACAACGCCUCUCCUCAUCAACGAUAUACUGAAUAUCCUGCUCUGUGUGUCUAAACUGUUGCCAUUUAUAUGUGCGAGUGGGACGGAGCUAUGCGGCGCCGGUGACCAACGGGGACGGGCGCGUGACGUCAGAGACGUGCACGCAAAAUGCAACCAGCUGUUUAACUGUAUGGUGUACAGAGGGGCUGAACUACACUUCCUACAUCAGGCAUUCAAAGAAAAAGAUGAUCUGCAAAACUCGAAAGAUUGCCCGUAUCCUUGGUUCCGCUUUGUGAGUCCCAAUCUAUUCGAUACCUUUGAUGACGUCACUGCUAGGAGUACGACAGACUUUCCGAAUAAGACUGCUAUUGGUUUGGAGCUGAUCGUACUUCUAGCUCAGCCGCAACCUUCGUGGGCCUCGUUGGUGAAGGUAUUGAUGAUGAGAGACUGUCAAUUGAUGAAAAUGUUGUUGAUCGAGGCGCUUCGGAAGAUGUCUGCUGAUAACUCCCGAUGGCCGGCUGAUGGACUGUGGUACGGCGGAGGUGGAAGCAGUCACAAGUGUGAUGGGUUUCUGUGUACCGCUGAUGGGUUUUGUCAGUUCAAAGGGGACGAUAGUGUUGGUGAGGAGUACGCCCGAGCAGCCGGUGCGCUUACGUACGUAGUGUGCAGUGUCGGAAGCGCGGCUGAUGUUAGAUCUUCGCUGUGUUACGCACUCGAGAUAUCGGGCAGGGAUUGGGCAGCAUGCUUAGAUAAAAGACAGGUGUGGUGUGACAAACGGCCCGCAUGGUUAGCGGCACUGUUGUCUAUGGUUGGAACUGCACUACGAUUUAUUCCGCCCAUACUUGUCAAUGCUAUACAAACAGGGGCCUCUAUGUAUCAGACGAUGUCCCUCUGCUUGACAUGUAUAUCUCGGUCGCUGGAGUGCGUCCCCCGUUGCCUGGUAACGGUGACGUCAUCACUGCAGACUGCGCUGCCUUGCGGUGUGCGGGCGGUGGGUGGCUCCAUCUUUCUGCAGAUGUUGAUUACGAGGCUGUACGACGAGAUGAUUCGAUACGCUGCUAUUGAAUCGACUAAAGAAACUACAGUUUUGAAUGGUGCAGCGCAUGAUAUGAACGUACACCACAGACCCCGAAGCAAACAAGUCAGAAUAGUUUCAUUGAAUACAACAACGUCUAGUUCGGUAAGCUUCGACGGGAGCCACAGUACUUCGUCGUCAAUUGCGCUUGCGAUUGCCGAAGCCCUGUGUUCUAUCGACGAAGACGACAAGCAUACGACAGAGAUUGAACAACUUGUGGCUGAUACCAGGAAAACAUGUACUCUUACAAGUAACUUUGGCUUGGAAGAUUAUCCGGAGUUUGCUGAUUUCUUUGAAGAGGGUACUGUGCCGGCAUCGAACGCGGAAAGGACAAGCGACGCCGCGGCUCUCACUAGUCAAAUACUUAUGACGUCAACGGGAAGAGAUAGUCUCCGAGUUAUAUACGACCACGUACAGUUGCAUUCGGAGAGAAUAUACCAGGAACUGAGCAUCCAAGAGAGUUCUGAUGAUAACGUAUCGCUGAGUAGAGCGCCGCUGCUGUACACGAUGUUUCAUAUUGGGAAGCGACCAUUUGACCAGUAUUUCAGAGGUGAAUGGCCGAUGCCCUGGAGCAGAUUGGUCUCAGUUGCAAAACGAUGGUCCGGUAUAGAGGGCGCUAAGGUGCACAUUAACAUACGUACAGACAUACGCAAUAUAAGAAACACAGGCAGUAACAAGAGUAACAAACAAUUAAUGGAAUUGUACAAUAUGUGUAAAUCGCAGCCCGAAGGAUUACUGUAACAGAUGCAAUAAAAAUGAAUUAAAAAUAUGAAUUGUAGAAUGUGUAGGUACAUGUUACGAAAAUACUGCAAUCUGUAUUUGUACAGGGUGGCCGAGAAGUUGAAAAGGUUGAAAUUUGAAUUUGGCUAUUUUAUUGGCAUUUUUUUUUGAUACCUUGAACAUUUUUAUGAAUUUAGCUGGAGCUUGAACUUACGACUCAAUUCUAAACUAGUUCCGCAUUGUCUAAACUAUUCAUAGUUUCUUAUGUGGUUAUUGCAACUGUAAUUAAUAAUUAUCAACAAUAAAAUUAACUAAAAGUGUUCAAAAAAUUAGAAAAAGUCCUAAACCACAAUGAGGUGAAAAAAGCGGAUAAAAGGGGAAAAAAAUUAUCAUCUCCUAAACUACGCAAAAUCGUAGAACAUACAUAGGGGUGAUUCGGAUACUCAUCACCAUGAGGUUUCCAAAUUUUAGCUUUGGACGUCAACUUCUCGGCCACCCUGUAUAUUAACCAUUUAUAUUAAAAAUUUGGCUAAAAAAUAGAUGUUGGCCGAUUCUCAGACCUACCCGAUAUGCACUCAAAAUUUCAUACAAAUCGGUUCGGAGGAGUUUGGUAACAAAUACCGAGUCUCGAGAAAUUUAUAUAUUAGACUAGCUCAUUGUAUUGCCGUAUAAAUUAGUAAAAAAAAAUAGGCUAUAAAAAUAGGUAUUAGCUGAUUCUCAGACCAACCCGAUAUGCACUCAAAAUUUCAUACAAUUUGUUUCAGUCGGUUCGGAGAAGAAUUUUAUAUAUUAGAUGAUAUUUCGAAAUAUUUGCUGGAAUAAUCAGAAUUAUUUGUCACGUGCACUAUCAAAGCUUUAAUAAAAAUACUAUACCUAGAA